AUGGCGUCGAAGAAAGGUAAUGAAGGUUGGUGGCGGAUGUGGAACAAUUCCCGUUCCUAUUCCCAUUUCGAGGUGCCAAAGCGAAGUUUAGUGGUGAAUUGCUGCAGCCUUUAUGUGAGGCAGCAACGGCCGAUUGGGAUUGGAGUGCAACAGGAGAGAUACAAGUGGGACAGCGGCGCCGGUGCCGGCGACCAGCACACUGCUCGGAGAAUUAGAGCGGAGGCUAAUUGCCCUCGCUGCUCUAAGCAAAUGGAUCUCCUUUUCACCAACCGCUCGCACCACCUUAUUCCUCCCGCCCAUGCUGCUGAUAAUCCUCUUCCCAAUACUGAUACCACAAAUGAUAGUAUCAGCCAUAGUAAGAAGAACAACUCCUCCUCCACCAACAAAAAUACCAAUGAUAAGGAUGUGGGCAACAGCGCUUACCAGGCUGUUAAUCUUUGCCCCAAUUGUAAGACAGCUUAUUACUUCAGGCCGUUCAAGAUGUCUCCUCUCCAGGGGAGUUUUGUUGAGAUUGGCCGAGUGAAAAGCAAGAAUUCUAAUUCAGAUUUAACUGUUGAUCCUCGAGAGAACUACGGAAAGAGGCUCCGUCCAUCCUUCUGGGAGACCUUGAGAUCAUACGGUAGUGAGAACUUGCCUCCGCCGCCGAUCCCACCCUCAUCAGAUAAUGGGAUUGCUGUGCAUACUCCACCUGGUCCACCUUUUGCUCCCGGUGUUGAUGUUGUUCGAGCAUCACCAAAUGGCAAGCGUGGUGGUGGUGGUGCUAAUAAUGGUGCAGAGAAGAGCACCUGGGGUGGGUCUAAUCUUGGUAAGAAUUUGCCCACACCAAAGGAGAUAUGUAAUGGACUAGACAAAUUUGUUAUUGGCCAGGAACGUGCAAAAAAGGUGCUUUCAGUGGCUGUGUACAACCACUACAAAAGGAUAUACCAUGCCAAUUUAGACAAGGGGUCGGAAUCUGAAUCAUCCAGAUUAGAUGAUGAUGAUGAUGAUAAUGUAGACUUGGAGAAGAGCAAUGUGCUUUUAAUGGGGCCAACUGGCUCAGGGAAAACGCUGCUUGCAAAAACACUUGCUCGAUUUGUCAAUGUGCCUUUCGUCAUUGCAGAUGCAACAACUUUGACGCAGGCUGGUUAUGUUGGCGAAGAUGUUGAAUCAAUAUUGUACAAAUUACUCACUGUCGCUGAGUUUAACGUGCAAGCAGCACAACAAGGGAUGGUGUACAUAGAUGAAGUUGAUAAGAUAACUAAGAAGGCUGAGAGCUUAAAUAUCAGCAGAGAUGUUUCUGGUGAGGGUGUUCAGCAGGCAUUGCUCAAAAUGCUUGAAGGGACUAUAGUAAAUGUUCCCGAAAAGGGGGCUAGGAAGCACCCUCGGGGCGAUAGUAUUCAGAUAGAUACCAAAAAUAUCCUUUUCAUUUGUGGAGGAGCAUUUGUCGAUUUAGAGAAAACUAUUUCCGAAAGACGGCAGGAUUCGUCAAUUGGGUUUGGAGCUCCAAUACGUGCUAACAUGAGAUCAGGUGGAGUUACUGAUGCUGCUAUCACAUCAUCCCUUCUCGAAUCUGUUGAAAGUAGUGAUCUGAUAGCUUAUGGCCUCAUACCGGAAUUUAUUGGGCGUUUCCCAAUUUUGUUUAGUUUGUCAGCCCUCACGGAAGACCAACUUGUUCAGGUCUUGACAGAACCAAAAAACGCACUUGUGAAGCAGUUCAAGAAGUUAUUUAAGAUGAAUAACGUGAAGUUGCAUUUUACUGAGAAGGCUCUACGGAUGAUUUCCAACAAAGCAAUGACCAAGAACACUGGUGCAAGGGGGCUAAGAGCCAUACUUGAAAGCCUCCUUACAAAUGCUAUGUAUGAGGUUCCAGAUGCAAAGAUGGGGAAAGAUAGAGUUGAUGCAGUGGUUGUAGAUGAAGAGUCAGUAGGUAGUGUAGAGGUCUGUGGAUGUGGUGGUAAGAUACUACGUGGGGAUGCUUCUCUCGAGAGAUACCUUGCAGAAGCCAACUUCAAGGAUCAGCAAGGACAAGGUGCAGUUGCAGCAGAGCUGCAGGAAGGGGAAAUGGACGACUCGUCAAGAGCAAUGAGCAUGUAG